UCUUGAAGUCUCCACGUGACAGGAGCAGCUAUAUAGAAAAACCAUCCAAGCAUCAGGACCAGUAUUGGUACUUAACCUCAACCGAUAGCAGAUGCAGACAUAUUAGAAUGAAUUGAUAGUCCUAUAUCGGCUGCUAAUACAGUGAGGACAAGUCUCGACCGUGCACUGUCAUCAUUAAAUUAAUAAAAAAAAAAAACAGGACAAGUUUUUUUCAACCAAGAAGGACACAGGUAUAAGCGGAAUCGUCUGAAAGGAGCUAUUAAGGAGGAAAAGCGCUUGUAAUCCGAAAGGAUCUCUGCUGCCUAUAAAAUAACUUUUCGCACACGAGGGAUGCUGUAUGCACCAAGCCCGCUAUGGCUUUCUGAAGGAACUUAAGUUUAAUGUGGGGGAUUUUUCUAUCAUCCAUGCAGCACAAAAAGGGAUACUUUCGCCUGAGCAUAACCGUUCACUUCACAAAAUGAUAUUAUUUGGAGGUGUGAAACUAUGUUGUCGCUGCUCGUCUAAUGCGUGACACGUUGGAAUCCAGACUUUUAUUUGAACUCUUGAUUUGUUAUUGGAGAAAGCUCCACAUUCAAAACACACUGAAGGAAUAGGAAGGCUCAGAUUCAGAGAAUACAUACCAAGCCUCGGCACUUCUAAUUCAAGUCGGAAGAACAUACAAGCCGUCCAGAUGCAGUUUCGACUUUUCUCCUUUGCUCUCAUCGUCCUGAACUGCAUGGAGUACAGUCAUUGUCAGCCACAACGCUGGAGAAGGAACAAAAGAGCUAGUUAUGGAGCUUACCCCAUUUGCAAAGGCUGCUCGAUUUGCUCCAAGGAUAACGGCUGCCUCACCUGCCAGCCCAAGCUCUUCCUGUUCCUGCGGAGGGAGGGGAUGAGGCAGUACGGGGAGUGCUUCCUCGCCUGUCCAUCAGGAUACUAUGGCCUGCGUGCCCCAGAGCUCAACAUCUGCUCAAGAUGCAGGAUAGAGAACUGUGAGUCUUGCUUCAGUAAAGACUUUUGCACAAAGUGCAAGGCGGGCUUUUACUUGCACAAAGGUCGCUGCUUUGAGGAGUGCCCUGAAGGCUUCGCUCCGUCAGAGGACAGCAUGGAGUGUGGCGAGGGGUGUGAGGUGGGCCAGUGGAGCGAGUGGGGGACCUGCACCAGGAGAAACAAGACCUGCGGCUUCAAGUGGGGCCUGGAGACGAGGACGCGGCAAAUUGUGAAAAAGCCACCCAAGGACACGAUACCCUGCCCCACCAUCGCCGAGUCCAGGAGGUGCAAAAUGGCGAUGAGACACUGUGGCAAAAGAGGGGGAUCAGGAAAGAAACGAUCCAGAGCACCAAAGAAGAAGUCCGAAAAGCAGAGGUUCCGAGUACGAGCCCAGAACCAACAUAGCGACCACCUGGCCACGGUCCGUGCCAGCCAGUGAGGACUGAGACUUCCCACAGAAAACGUGCACAAAGCUGCUAGCCGCUGCUCCACACAUGUCCCAAUCCCCCCCAACCCCCACCC